AUGGCAGACGAGGAUUUCUCCAAGACAUCUGCAGAAGCAGGCCGCGAGAUGACACGGUUAUGGCGUACAUGGAGGACAGUCUUUGAAAUGCUUCUAGAUCGGGGCUAUGAAGUUACGGAAGAAGAAGUGAAGAUCCCUCUCAACGACUUUCGGACAAAAUAUUCAGACGCACUGGGGUUCCCUGAUCGUAACAAGAUGCGCAUCAGUGCCCGUCCCUCUCAGACGAUGAUGGACAAAUACACGCCGCUCGCUACAGCCGCCAAACCAAAUCCUACCCCCGAAUGCGGAACUAUCCACGUGGAAUUUUGCGCUGAUGCUCAAAGUGUAGGCACCAAACAGGUGCGCGCCUUUAAUCACUUCAUUGACGAGCAAAAUUAUCAUACGGGAAUAUUUAUCACACAAUCUCCCAUCUCACCCUCGGCCGUGCGCCUGUUGACUGGUAUACCGGGACGGUUCUGCGAGCACUUUUUGGAGCAGGAAUUAUUGGUCAAUAUCACACACCAUGAACUGGUCCCGAAGCACGUACUGCUGAGUGCUGAGGAAAAGAAGAGACUGCUGCUGAGAUAUCGCCUAAAAGAGUCACAACUACCAAGAAUCCAAGUUGGCGACCCGGUAGCCAAGUACUUGGGCCUCAGAAGGGGACAAGUUGUGAAGAUUAUUCGGAAGAGUGAAACCGCUGGAAGAUAUGCGAGUUACCGCUGGGUUACUUAG